AUGGACGCCGAAACUGCACGCAAGAAUUGGGAACUGGAAAACAACAUUGUCACCGUCGAUCCAGCUCAAGAUCAAAUCUACUACUACGAUGCACAAAAGAACAAGGACGCUCUCGAACAAAAGCCUUGGAAGACAAAUCCAAACCAUUACAAGCACGUCAAGAUUUCAGCCAUCGCACUCAUAAAAAUGGUUAUGCAUGCGCGUUCAGGUGGCAAUAUCGAAGUGAUGGGUCUGAUGCAAGGCAAGGUGCAAGGCGAUACAAUGAUCAUUAUGGAUGCGUUUGGAUUGCCAGUGGAAGGUACCGAGACGCGUGUCAAUGCCCAGAAUGAAGCAUACGAGUAUAUGGUGUCAUACAUGGAACAAGCAAAAGAAGUUGGACGUUUGGAAAAUGCGAUUGGAUGGUAUCAUUCUCAUCCUGGAUAUGGCUGCUGGCUCUCGGGUAUCGAUGUCAAUACACAAAUGCUCAAUCAGCAAUUCCAAGAACCAUGGGUCGCUGUGGUGAUUGAUCCCAACCGGACCAUGUCAGCAGGCAAAGUGGAUAUCGGCGCGUUCCGAACGUAUCCCAAAGAUUACAAAGCACCUGACGAAGGUCCAUCACAAUACCAAACCAUUCCAUUAAGCAAGAUUGAAGAUUUCGGUGUACACGCCAAAUCCUAUUACUCUUUGGAGGUUUCUCACUUUAAAUCUGUGCUUGAUACCCAACUAUUGGAGGUGUUAUGGAACAAGUACUGGGUCAAUACGCUUUCACAAUCUCCUUUGUUGACGAAUCGCGAUUACUCCACACAACAAAUGGCGGAUCUAGCUCAAAAGCUCAAGCAGACCAACAAUAGCAUGACGGGUCGGAUGGGAGGAUAUUACGGUGAUCGUAAGAAGAAUGACGAGAGCCAGUUGAGCAAGGUUACCAAGGACAGUGCCAAGAUUUCUGGUGAAGCCAUGCAUGGAUUACUUUCGCAAGUGCUCAAAGAUCUCGUGUUCAAUCAAUCUGGUAGCCAACGCACAUGA